CAGACAUGAAAUAUGCCAUGUUCCCAAUGCUUGAGAGAAUACCGGGGUUUCGGAGGUCUCAUCUCACAAAGCAUAUCGAUUUUAUAAAUAGUGUUAUACUCAGCAUCAUCGACAAAAGAAAGAAAAAGCAGGCCAACAAUGACAGUGUUUUAACAAAAAAUUUGACCGAAUUGGAAAGCACGGAUUUAGAGAAUAAAGAUUUACUCCAUUACUUGUUAAAAGCUGAAACAGAUGAGACAAAUUUAAAGAAAGCUUUGACCACUGAGGAGUUAUUGAACGAUCUAAAGGUAUUCCUGAUCGCGGGUCACGAUUCCACAGCUUCUGCCCUCAGUGCCACAUUAUAUUAUCUUGGGAAGAAUCCGGAUUGCCAACAAAAAGCACGUGAAGAGGUUAUCAAGAUCAUGGGAGAUGAGAAGCGAGAUAUUAUACCCACCCUUAAUCAAAUUAAAGAAAUGAAGUACAUAAACAUGGUCAUUAAUGAAACUUUAAGGAUUCAUCCUCCAGCUCCGGGUCUCAACGCACGUGUCACACAAAAAGAGACGAGCCUUGGGGAAUAUGUGUUGCCCAAAGGCCAGGUCGUGAUACCAAAUCUUUAUGCAUUACAUCAUUCAAAAAAAUUGUGGGGUGAUGAGCCGUACAGAUUUCAACCAGAGAGAUUUGCUGACAGCGAAGGUAAUACGUUACAAUCAUAUAAAUUCACACCAUUUGGCGGAGGUGUGAGAAUUUGUAUUGGUAUGAAUUUUUCAUUGGCCGAGCAACGGGUGUUUUUGGCCAUGCUAGUUAGAAAGUAUCGAUGGACAAUUCCCAAAGAGACUAUACAUAAAGAUAAGAUUGAGUUCCGAAGGAUCUACACGUUACCUUUGAAAGAAGGUAUUGAUUAG